CCCUCUCCCUUUUAUUCAUCCAUUGGCUCCCACCCAAUUCGUAGUCACAGCGAUACUUCGCUGUUUAAAUGAAAGUGGGUUAGGUGAGUCCUCAGCGCUUUUUCCUCGUUGAUUACACAAAUCCUCACUUCGACAUCAUGGCUUCAUCGACUAUACCGUUUCCUUUACGUGAACCUCAACCAAAGGAAAAUACCUCUCAGCCAUUUCAGCCCAAUCUUAAUGUGAAAUUGAUCUGUCCCGAUUGUCGUGUGACCCCACCCCAUAUUGUCGAAGAAUUCGCAUCAGGUGAUCUGGUGUGUGGCGAUUGCGGUCUUGUGCUCGGAGAUCGCAUCAUUGACACACGAUCAGAAUGGCGAACAUUCGCAAACGAUGAAGGCGAUGAUCCGUCUCGUGUGGGUGCUGCGGCGAAUCCUUUGUUGGAUGGUAAUCAACUGGAUACGGUGAUUUCGAGACGAGAUGGUGGAACGGGCGCUGCAAAGGAUCUGAACAAGGUCCAUGGACGAGCGACGGCCGUCAAGGGUGAACGAAAUCUUGUUCAGGCUUACAAAGAAAUCAGUGCCAUGUGCGACAGCAUCUCACUAUCAAAGAUUGUGAGCGAUACGGCCAAACAACUGUAUAAACGUGUGGAAGACGAAAAAUUACUACGAGGAAAAUCCAGCGAUGCUAUCAUUGCUGCGUGUAUUUUUAUUGCGUGCCGUCAAGAAAAGGUGGGACGUACUUUCCGAGAAAUCUGCGCUUUGACCCGAGUCCCGAAAAAGGAGAUUGGUCGAUGUUACAAAUCACUGCAAUCCAAACUACAGACCAAUACCACCAUCAUGAAUUCUGAGGAUUUGAUGUCCCGUUUCUGUUCCAACCUACAACUACCAAACUAUGUGCAAAAGACGGGGAUUGAUCUUGUGCGGCGGGCAAAGGAAUUGGGUACAUUGGCAGGUAAGUCGCCCAUCUCCGUUGCCGCAGCAUGCAUCUAUCUCGUCUCCUAUCUUUAUCGGCAUCCCAAAUCAACACGAGACAUUGCGCAUGUGGCUGGUGUAUCCGAAGUAACCAUCAAGACUGCUUACAAGUCGCUGUAUGCCGAACGGGAUAAUCUGCUGAAUAUCGAAUCACUUCGCAGUAAACCCAAUGGGGAAACAGUUAGCUUCGAUGAUUUGGCGCUGCCUUAGAAAAUAUUUCUAUCUCUCUCUCUCUUCACCGCUUCUUAAACCCAAAAACUUAAGCACACUAAAGGAGAAGAAAGAAAAAGAAAAAAAAAAGGUCCAAAAAGAGGAAAAAGCAAUAAAAAAACGAAGGAAGAAAAAAAGCUCCGCGUUGCGUUUUACGCUUGUACUUAGUGUAUUUGAUCUUUUUUUUUUAAUUCCCAAAUAAAGACCGUUUUCAUUUUUUUUUUUUUCCUCCGGUUGAUACGUCUCGUCUUUUUUCUUUCUUAGCAUCUUUUUU